CCUCCCCGCCUCCAUUUCCCACAAACACAACUCCGCAAACACAAAGGCAAAGUCACCAGUUCGCGAAACCGCAGGCCUGAGAAAACACAAACGCUCAAACCCGUCGCCGUCCCCUGUCGUCUCGUCCCCCGCCCCGCCCACACCGGUUCCCGCUCCCCCGCCGCCGCGCCGCCGGAAACACCGCUUCCUCCCUCGCCCGUCCGCGCGCCCAGUUUGAAGAUUUGACAGCCACAAAUUAGUUAGUUGCUCGUGCCUAUGCUUGAUGUCAACUACACGGGAUAUUGUUUAGUGCUGAGGAGGCUGAGUAGCUUUGGAUCAUAAUUUCACCCCGAAACAAGACAGACAUGGACCGUGCAGAUACCUCAGGGUUUGUCAGCGGUGGUUGCUUUGUUUUCAUAGUGUUAAGCUAUGAUGGAUGACAGCUUUGUGAAUAUCCCAAACCAACCUCUGAUGAAUGACCCCUUUGUGUUAAUGGGACAAUCAGCUCCAAGCUACACCAUGAAGAACCCGAGCAAAAGCACACUCCGCAUGGGCUCAGCAAUGGCUAACUGGAGCCAUGGUGAUGAAAACACACAAAGCAUGAGCAAUAGUAUCACAGCCAGAGAUGAUGGCUGCAGACUUGUCCUAGGGUUGGGUCCAACACCUGAUUUUUACUCGACGCACUGUGAACCCACUGGAGUAUACAAGUCAAAAGAAUGUCAGACUUCGUCUGACCAGAGUUUCUCUUUCACGGAUCCAGGGAUGCUGAGGCUUGGCCUGCAGUUGGAUGGUGCUGAAACAAUUCAGCAUCUGCAAGCACCCAAUGGAAGAGUUCAUUCGUUUGCUAUUGUUGACGAGGCCUCAACAUCUGCUGCUGUAAGGAGCAUGGGUGGCUACAUGCCAUCCCUACUCUUUGCUCCCUGCUCCACUUCCUCUGCUGCCAAUGAGGCCCAACUACAAACAAAGGGUUCGCUAGACCUCACUCAGUGCACCGACAAUAGCACUAAGCAUACUCAACAACAUCUUCAGCUCAGCCCUGAGCCUUCUGCUACGACAGAGAGUUCAUUUGGUGUGAGCUCUGAUGUGGUCACUGCAGCAACCACAUCAGAACAACGGAGUCAUACCCGGCAUCCUAAGAAGUGCAGGUUCAAGGGGUGCUCCAAAGGUGCAAGAGGCUCAUCAGGACUAUGCAUUGCCCACGGAGGCGGGCAAAGAUGCCAUAAACCUGGAUGCCAUAAAGGAGCUGAGAGCAGCACUGCCUAUUGUAAGGCCCAUGGUGGAGGUCGGCGGUGUGAACAGCUUGGUUGCACCAAGAGUGCUGAGGGAAAGACAGAUUAUUGUAUCGCUCAUGGUGGAGGCCGUCGCUGUGAACAUCCUGACUGUCCUAAAGCUGCACGGGGUAAGUCUGGACGGUGCAUCAAGCACGGUGGUGGGAAGAGAUGCGCAAUGGAAGGCUGCAUUCGGAGUGCUGAGGGGAAGGCUGGACUCUGCAUUUCUCAUGGUGGUGGACGCCGGUGCCAGUAUCCAGACUGUGGCAAGGGGGCUCAGGGCAGCACAUUGUACUGUAAGGCACAUGGCGGCGGCAAGAGGUGUAUCUUUGAUGGGUGCAGCAGAGGUGCAGAGGGGAGCACACCUUUGUGCAAAGCCCACGGCGGUGGGAAGCGAUGCAUGUUUGAAGGUGGUGGUGUCUGCCCAAAGAGUGUACAUGGGGGCACCGACUUCUGCGUGGCACAUGGAGGAGGGAAACGCUGUGCAGCACCUGGCUGCACCAAGAGCGCCCGUGGCCGCACGGACUCCUGCGUCAAGCAUGGUGGUGGUAAGCGUUGCAGGAUUGACAACUGCGGUAAGAGUGCUCAAGGGAGUACAGACUUCUGCAAAGCUCACGGUGGAGGUAAGCGGUGCACAUGGGGAUCAGGUUGCGAGAAGUUUGCCCGUGGCAAGAGUGGCCUUUGUGCUGCACAUGGGACCUUGAGGGCCAGGCAACAAGAACAUGGUGUGGUGAAGAACGGAGGUAGCAUGAUCGGACCAGGCCUCUUCAGUGGCAUUGUGGUGUCAUCAACCACCGCCGCAAGUAGCAUGACGAAUGAGCACUCGUCAUCGGGCAUCAGCACUGCAUCAGAUAGUGACGGCACAGUCAGGAGCCAAUCAAUGAUACCUCCUCAGCUCCUUGUUCCUCGUUCCAUGAUGCCCUCGUCGUCAUCUGAGCCUACUGUACGUGGGGGCAGAGAAGGAGGCUGUGUUGUACCUGAGGGAAGGGUGCACGGUGGUGACCUUAUGUCACUCCUCGGUGGCAGCUUCAGGAACGCCAAUUUGGAUAACCUCUGAAGUGUUCUUCAAAUUCUGUCAGUUUGUUUGUAUAUAAAAGGCAUUGUGUUGCCUAAUGAAUUUUAUAGUUUUUCUCUUUGCUUGAUAAGUGUUGUAUGGAUGGUUAGUCAGUCCAUUGUACAUCGGUCUCCGGCAUGUUCUUAUCGCUUUUGGCAUGCUGAUUCAGUCAGUCGUAGUUACUGCCAAUAAAACUUGUGUAUUUGAUAUAUACUGUUUCUUAUAUGUUUGUGGGCUAUUAUUCUUAAAGAUUUGUUGUGAUAUUGCCA